AGGCAGCCGACCCCGCCACUAUGCUGCUGAAGAAGCCUGCAGCGAAAGGAGGGGCCCGGGAGCCGGCGGAGGACCCAAGCCCCACUGGGCAGCGUUGUGCCAGAACCGUACCCUCGUGCGCGGUCCUGGCGGCCCUCCUAUCAGUGGUGGCCGCGUUGUCUUGUCUGUACCUGGGGGUGAAAACCAACGACCUCCAGGCGAGGAUCGCCGCUCUCGAAUCCGCCAAAGGGGAUCCUUCCAUCCGUCUGCUUCCUGAUUGUGUGGAUCAGCUGAACGCAAUGGUGCAAGAGAAAGUGGAGCGACUUCUGGCUCAGAAAUCCUAUGAACAUAUGGCUAAAAUAAGAAUCGCAAGAGAAGCACCUUCAGAAUGCAACUGCCCAGCAGGCCCUCCAGGGAAACGAGGUAAGAGAGGCCGAAGAGGAGAAUCUGGUCCUCCUGGUCAGCCUGGUCCUCAGGGCCCUCCUGGUCCAAAAGGUGAUAAGGGAGAACAAGGUGAUCAGGGACCCCGGGGUCUGCCAGGCUUCCCCACAGUUGCUGCCCUGCACAGUAAUCAGAUCCUCACCGUCAAGGGCGACCAAGGACAAGCUGGGCCCCCAGGCCCACCCGGCCCUCCAGGCCCAAGAGGGCCUCCUGGGGACACGGGCAAAGACGGCCCUCGUGGAAUGCCAGGAGAGCCCGGUGAACCAGGGAACCCAGGAAAGCAAGGCUCAAUGGGUCCUAUGGGGCCUCCGGGACAAAAGGGUUCUGUUGGAGCACAUGGAAUUCCAGGGAUGAAUGGGCAAAAGGGUGAACCCGGGGUGCCUGGAGCAGUGGGGCAGCACGGAAUGCCAGGGCCAAAGGGAGAUGCCGGCGAGAGUGGCCCCAAAGGUGAUGCAGGUGAAAAGGGGGACCCUGGAUCAUCUGCUGCUGGAAUUAAGGGAGAACCUGGGGAAUCUGGUCGUCCAGGGCAAAAGGGCGAACCAGGUUUCAUUGGUCCUCAAGGAGAGCCAGGCUUACCAGGGUUACCAGGAGCCAAGGGCGACCGAGGGGAGGCGGGGCCUCCUGGAAGAGGCGAGCGAGGAGAGCCUGGGACCCCUGGACCAAAGGGGAAACAAGGUGAAUCAGGAGCUAGAGGCCCAAAGGGGUCAAAGGGCGACCGUGGUGACAAAGGAGACUCUGGAACGUUAGGACCAAGGGGUCCACCUGGCCAAAAGGGGGAUCAAGGAGCCACUGAGAUCAUUGACUAUAAUGGCAACCUCCACGAAGCCUUGCAGAGGAUCACCACCUUAACCGUCACGGGUCCCCCUGGACCACCUGGACCUCAAGGACUACAAGGACCAAAGGGAGAGCCGGGAUCUCCAGGAAUCCCAGGAGUUGAUGGAGAGCAGGGACUCAAGGGCUCCAAGGGAGACAUGGGUGACCCGGGUGCACCAGGUGAAAAAGGAGGAAUCGGACUUCCUGGACUACCGGGUGCCAAUGGGAUGAAAGGAGAGAAAGGAGACUCCGGACUGCCAGGUCCUCAGGGCCCUUCCAUCAUAGGCCCACCAGGCCCUCCAGGUCCCCACGGCCCACCCGGCCCCAUGGGACCCCACGGACUUCCUGGACCAAAGGGAGCAUCUGGCUUAGACGGAAAGCCAGGAGCCCGGGGUACAGAUGGCCCUAUGGGACCCCAUGGCCCUGCAGGUCCCAAAGGAGAAAGAGGUGAAAAAGGAGCUGUGGGGGAGCCAGGACCCAGAGGACCCUAUGGUCUGCCUGGGAAAGAUGGAGAGCCUGGUCUUGAUGGCUUCCCUGGUCCACGCGGCGAGAAGGGUGACCUAGGAGAAAAGGGAGAAAAGGGAUUCCGUGGCAUUAAGGGGGAAAAAGGGGAGCCAGGCCAGCCUGGCCUGGAUGGGCUGGAUGCCCCUUGCCAAUUGGUUGAAAAUAAGGCCGAGCCUACAGCAUUAAGCUUCUGCAGUCAAGAGUUAGCCAUUUCUAGGGGAUGCUAUUAA